AUGACCCAGAAUCUAAUUCUCAACACCACCAGGGAGGACAUGAACCCUUUCAAUUCCUCAAGUUUGCAGGAAAACCCUUUGACUCGCCAGAAUAUCACCUAUGUUGAUUUCUACCUCCACAAGCCUUCUGUUGCUGCAAUCUUCACCGUCUCCUACCUGCUCAUUUUCCUGGUGUGCAUGUUGGGCAACGGGGUGGUGUGUUUCGUCGUGCUGCGCAGCAAGAAUAUGCGCACGGUCACUAACCUGUUCAUUCUCAACCUCGCCAUCAGUGAUCUGCUGGUUGGCAUCUUUUGCAUGCCAACCACGCUGGUGGACAACAUCAUAACAGGAUGGCCAUUCGGUAGCGUAGUGUGUAAGCUAAGUGGUAUGGUUCAAGGCAUAUCUGUGUCAGCAUCUGUCUUCACUCUAGUGGCAAUAGCUGUUGACAGGUUCCGGUGCAUCGUCUACCCUUUCAAGCAGAAGCUGACCAUCAACACCUCAAAGUUAAUUAUCGUUAUCAUAUGGGUCCUGGCUGUGUCCAUCAUGUUUCCUUCUGGGGUGAUGCUGCAGGUCACCAAGGAGCAGAGGGUGCGAAUAGUCCUUGGCCACAACAACAACACCCGCCCCUUCUACUGGUGCCGGGAAAACUGGCCCAAUCAGGAGAUGCGGAAAAUCUACACCACCGUCCUCUUUGCAAACAUCUACCUCGCCCCUCUCAGCCUUAUCGUCAUCAUGUACGCUCGUAUUGGCCUCACCCUCUUCAAGACCACUGUUCCCCCAUUAAGAGGCAGUGGAAUUGUUUCUGGAGAGGGCAGUGGCAACAACAAACCAAGCAUGGAGGGUCGUCACACAAUUUCACGGAAGAAGAAGAGGGUGAUAAUGAUGCUGCUGGUGGUGGCUCUGCUCUUCAUCUUAUCUUGGUUGCCGCUGUGGACGCUGAUGAUGCUGAGUGACUAUGCCAGCCUGACAGAGCACCAGUAUCGUGUCAUUAAUAUCUACGUCUAUCCCUUAGCUCACUGGUUGGCCUUCUUCAACAGCAGCGUCAACCCCAUCAUCUACGGGUUCUUUAACGAGAACUUCCGUAGAGGCUUUCAGGCGGCAUUCAAAUUCCAGCUGUGCUCCGCUGACAUUGAACGCCAGAAGACCUACUCGCAUCGGAUCCGAGCAAACGCUGUGCUUCCGGUCCAGCCAGCCAUCCUAAGUAGAUCAGGCUCAGAACUCGGAUCAGUGUUGGUGAGGAACGGUAAGUGCUCAUGUCAGGAAGCAGAGUGCUUGGCAGGUAGAGGUGACAUCAAAGAGCAGGAUCUGAUCAUGGAGGACCUCGAAAAGGUGUCCCAGAUUUAGACAGACUGUGCAGCGCAAAGACACUUUCAAAGGUUCUGGGGCUUCUGGAGAAUCAUGUAUUGCAUUUUAAGGGCAAACGAGAAACAUGCUUCAGAAAUACAUGAUUAAACUCCAUGUAUGUUUGUUAAAAGUGAAUGUACACGCAAGCUUGCUUGAAUAAUUUUGAAUAUCUCUUGUGAAUGUUUUUUUCAAAGUAUAUAUAGCAAAUAAUAUAAACAAAGAGUUUAAAAUACGAAUCUGAAUGUCCAUUAUCGCAGUGUAAAGAAAUGAAUCAGAUGACAUGAGAUUACUGUGUUCAUUGCUUCAAUUGUGUUUUUGUUGUUCACAUAUUGUAAAAUUAGCCAACCGUAUUGACUCUGUGUACAGAUUUUCUUUGCAGGUGAUGUAAUACCUGUGAGAUUCAAUGAAUGGCACAGUGGCACAGUUCAAUCGGGCUUUUAUACAAUGUGUAAUGCGCUGAACAUUACCACUUUACAGCUUACUCCUGGAAGGUUUUAUGUUCCAGGAAGAUUAUAGGCCUAUCUAGACAUCUUUGGCAAUUGAAGAUAUUGAGAUUAGAAUAGCACUGCUCUCAAGGGUGAAGCACAAGGCAGUGUGAGCAGAAUUGUGUCAGCUUCCUUCAGUCAAAGAGCAUGUUUUAGUGCCCUAAGGCAGUUGGUGUUGGGCUGGCGGCCGUGACAUGCAGCAGCAGGAGAAGAAGAUCGUGGGCUCAUUUGGAAAGCGUCCAUGUGCCCUCCCGUUCUCUGCUUUCCUUCCUCGGAGGAUUUGGAUAUUUAAAACAAUGUAAAAGGGAAGAAAGUUACAUUUAUUAGCAGUAGUAAGAUUCGGGAAAAGAAUAAGUGUGCGUAGUGAAUAAAGCAGAGCAGAUAACACUGAAUGCAUGAGCACAUAUGCAUAAUGUGGUUAUUUACAUAAAAAGGGUACGCUCAACAUAAACGGGUAGUGGAGAUUCACUGUCUGUCGAAGCCUGAAUCAAAUAUGGAAACAAAGCUUAUAGAUAUAUAAUGCUUAAUAGCCUUUU